AUGAGUCUUGCUCCCCCUGUUAUUGAUUUCACCCCCUUCCACGCAGGCAGCAACCAAGACCGCCAGCGCCUGGUGGAAGAAAUCCGCUCCGCGUGCGAAGAACUCGGCUUUUUCCAACUCCGCAACCAUGGCAUCUCCCCCGACCUCCAAACCGACAUUCUAGAGCAGUCCAGAGACUUCUUCUCCCUGCCGGUGGAGAUCAAGGAGAAAUACGAUAGGGACAAUGACGGCUUCAACCGCGGAUACGAACGUCUACGGGCCCAAAACUUCGAGAAGCGCGCCCACGGCGACCUCAAGGAGGGCUUCUUCCUCGGCCGCCAUCUCCCGUUGGAUGACCCCGACGUCCAGGCAGGCAAAUUCGGCCAGGGACCCAACAAGUACCCGGCGGAAGUGACAGACCCGCUGCGCUUCCGAGACACGGUGGAUCGCUACUACGGGGCCGUCUUGAAUCUGGCUGUCAACCUCAUGACUGUCAUUGCGGAAAUGGUGGGCCUGGAUCCGGAGGCCUUGGAUAGGUUCUGUGAUAGGCCUAUUGCGACCCUCCGCUUGCUGCACUAUCCCCCUCAACCGCCUGAUGCGUCCGAGUUGGAGAGAGGAAUUGGGGCACACAGUGACUUUGGUGCCAUCACCAUCUUAUUGCAGGACUCCAUCGGGGGAUUGCAGGUUUGGGACCGCGCAUCCAAUGGAUGGGUGGAUGUGGUGCCGGUUCCCGGCGCGGUGGUGGUCAAUACAGGCAAUUUGAUGAUGCGCUGGACCAACGAUCGCUACAUCUCCAACCUUCACCGGGUCAUUAACCGGUCGGGACUAGAUCGCUACAGCAUCCCGUUCUUUUUCGAUGGGAAUGCCGAUUUCCUGGUCGAGUGCCUGGAGAGUUGUCGGGGGCCUGGCCAGAAAGCCAAGUAUGGGCCAAUCACGGUCAAUGACUGGAUGGUUGGUCGAUAUGCGGACACCUUUGGCGAUGAUGAAAAGGAGGGUGCGAAGGAUCCAGUGGAUUUACAAUAG